UUGUCUUUUGGGUCCAAGCCUUCUUUUAAAGAAAGUGGUCCAGUAGUUUUGAGGGUGCAACUCAAAUUUUUGGAGUUCUACUUUGAGGAGCGGCCGGCGGGCGGCGAGGACCUGGCGCGCCUGGUGCAGCCCUCGGCCGAGAUGCAGAAGCGCAUCCGAUCCGAGCUCAACGAGGACGUGUCCACGCGCGACUCGGACCUGCAGCGCAUCAAGGAGUGGCUGGCCCUGCAGCCGCACCUGCCGCCCUUCCACGAUGACCAGCGCCUGAUGACGUUCCUGCGCGGCUGCAAGUUCUCGCUGGAGAAGACGAAGCGCAAGCUCGACAUGUACUUCACGAUGCGCGCCGCCGCGCCCGAGUUCUUCACCAACCGCGACGUCACGCGCCCCGAGCUCAAGGAGAUCCUCGAGCGCGUGUGCAUCCCGACGCUGCCCGGGCUGACCCCCAACGGCCGCCGCGUCACGCUGCUGCACGGCAAGGUGAAGGACUACCUGACGCCGCACGUGGCCGACGGCAUGAAGCUGCUGCUCAUGAUCGGCGACAUCCGCCUGCACGAGGAGCAGACGGGCGUGGCGGGCGACGUGUACAUCCUGGACGCCGCCGUCGCCACGCCGGCCUACUUCGCCAAGUUCACCCCGGCCAUCGUCAAGAAGUUCCUCGUCUGCGUGCAGGACGCGUAUCCUGUGAAGCUGAAAGAAGUGCACGUGAUCAACACUCACCCUCUCGUGGACACCAUUUACAACUUCGUCAAGCCUUUCUUGAAAGAGAAAAUUCGUCAGCGGAUUCAUUUCCAUGGUAGCAAUCUAGAAGCACUUUACAAGGAUAUUCCAAAGGAUAUUCUUCCUAAUGAAUAUGGUGGAUCUGCGGGUCCCAUUGAAGCAAUGCACAAUGCUUGGGUGAAAAAAAUGGAAUCAUACACACCUUGGUUCAAAGAACAAGAAAAGUUAGUGGCAGAUGAGAGUCGACGCCCUGGAAAGCCCAAGAACUAUGAUGACCUCUUUGGAAUGGAAGGUUCCUUCAGAAAACUUAGUAUUGACUAGCCACUCUAAAGAAAGCACACCAUACCAAAUACAAGUACUAGAAUCAGGGUUUUCUCUGCAUUAAUCAGAUCAUAAGUCUUUUAAAAUGAAUUUGGUCUGGAAACAUACAAUCGCUAUUACAAUAGGGAUUGUGUAAAGGAAUUUAAGAUAAUAUGAAAGGUGCAUUUAAACAAAACAUGUUUGAAUACAAUAGUGCAUUUCUUUGUUGAAAAAUACAUCUCUCUGAAACUUUAAAGUAUUUUUAUUACAUGUAACAUGUACACAUGUGACUUAAAAAUUAUAUAAUUCUACUUGUCACAGCAAAUACUUGAGGUAUAGUUUACCUCAUGAGAAAGAUAGAUGGAUGAUUAUCAUUGGUAAUGCCAAUAGUGCUUUGGAAAUUGUCGAUAAAUUCCCGACUCAGGAAGGGUGGAGGGAAUUUAUCAC